AUGAGUGAACCAGAAAGACAAAGAUUUUUCAAAGAGAUUGAUGAAAUUCAAGAUGUUCAACGUCACCCACAUAUUAAAAAAUCUAUUAUCGUUUGCAGGCUAUUAGUUAUUGGAAUUUUUAAAGCUUUACCUUUUUUUCAUCGUCUGGCACGUAACGACCAGAUAAUUCAUUUAAAUCAUCGAGUUAAGACAGUUAAUAUAUUUUUAAAAACAUACAAUGCUGCAAAAUUGAAUACGGCAACCUUAAUUGGGCCAGAUGGCAUUACAUCAAUGGAUGUUUAUAGAGCUCAAAGCAGAUAUCGAGAAAAUAAACAUUUGAUUAAUCUGGCUGAGAAAGCAUUCAGCCGAGCAGUUGAACCUUAUUUCCGAAUGGCACCUUUAAUUGAUGAUGAAGAAUUUUCCUUGAUGUUAUCAAUCCUUUGUUCAACUGGAGCACCAGCAGAUCUUAUUUCUUCACAUGCACGUGUACUGCUCCAAAAUGAAUGCGAAUUUUAUUCCAGUAAACUUUUAAAUUUUUGUCAAGUUCGUUUUGGAGAUGUGAAUGGGGCUUGUCGUUAUGCUGAGUGUUUGCAUUUAAUUGAAAAUGCAUUCGUUUUUGAUCGGAAUUAUCAAUUGCUAACUACAUAUCUUGAAGUAUUUUAUAACCACAGAAAAUUUGAAUUGGAUAAUCAAUUCCCUAAAUAUUUAUUAAAAUUAGCUUGA